UUAUGGUAUAUGGUACGUCCCCGAGGCUGCGCGAUCAGAACAGAACCGAAUUGGAGGAGAGAGAGAGAGAGAGAAGAGACUGUAAUUUUAAACGCGAGGGCCGAGGGGGAUGGAAAUGGAUGGGGGGCUCAUGACCCUUUAACACGUGAUAAAGAAAACACCAAAAGCGCAUUGCAUGCGUGUAUAAAGCUUCUUCAUCAUCAUCAUCUCUCUUUCUCCACGCCCCUCUCUUCUUCCCCUUGCUCUCACUGCAAUAAAGCUUUUGUUUCUCCCCCUACUUUUGCUUUUUCUUCAUUUAUUUACAUACCCACCUUCACGUUCUUCACCACACUCUCAUUUGUUUCCAUUUCCCCUCUAUUUUCUCUGUUUUUUUUUCUCGUUUCUUUCCUGUUGCCCCCUCCCCCUUCAAAUCACUGCCUGGUUUGGUUUGUUCCAGUUUUGAAACCUCACUGCUUGAUUGGAUUGGAUUGGGUUGCUUUGGUUUUGUUGGAUGACGUCUUUAAUCAGUGAAGAAGAGGGAAAAUGAGUUCAGAAUAGACGUGAUUCUGAAGGCACUCCAUGUUAUAAGUUAUAACCAUUUAGUGAAGCUUUAGCUUCUUCUUCCAAACAAUUUCUCGUGCAUUGCGAUUCGAUUUUCAGACAGUAAAAAAAGGAUAAACCCACCAUGCCCGUACGGCAAAUGAAAGAGAGCUCGGAGCAGCACCUUGUAAUCAAAACCCACUUUCAGAACGCUGUUCAGAAAGCCCCAAAAUCAACCCAAAAUGGGAAAGGCCCGCCGAAUCUGGAGCCGCCCCAGAACAUCAAAUCCCGGAACCCAACUUCCCCUCCGAGCAAAAACAGGGGCCGGAGGAGGAGCAGAGGCGGCCGGAAAUCCGAUCAGGGAGAAGUCUGCUUGAGGCCCAGUUCUCGGCCCUGCACGGUGGCGCGUAAGCCCGACGGACCGGAGAUGACCGCCGGAGCCCUGGUGACGAAAACCACUCCCAAUGGUGUAAACGCUUGUGGGAUGGCAAUGGGGUUUCGGAAUUCAAGCAAAUCUUUGAGCUUUGCCCCGAGGCCUGGGUUCGGGCAAGUCGGGACAAGGUGUAUUGUGAAAGCAAACCAUUUCUUCGCAGAGUUACCAGACAAAGAUUUGAAUCAAUAUGAUGUUACAAUUACCCCUGAAGUGGCAUCAAGAACUGUGAACAGAGCCAUCGUGGGUGAAUUGGUGAGAUUAUACAGAGAAUCUGAUCUGGGAAAAAGAUUACCAGCUUAUGAUGGCAGAAAGAGUCUGUAUACAGCUGGUGAACUUCCCUUUGUUUGGAAAGAGUUUAACAUCAAGCUUGUGGAUGAAGAAGAUGGAGUCAGUGGUCCCAAGAGGGAGAGGGAAUAUAAAGUGGUCAUUAAGUUUGUUGCACGGGCAAAUUUACACCAUUUGGGUCAGUUUCUUGCGGGUAAGCGCGCCGAUGCUCCACAAGAAGCUCUUCAAAUAUUAGACAUUGUAUUAAGAGAGCUGUCAUCCAAAAGGUACUGCCAAAUAGGGAGAUCCUUCUUUUCUCCUGAUAUUAGAUCACCACAACGGCUUGGCGAUGGGUUAGAAUCAUGGUGUGGUUUUUACCAGAGUAUAAGGCCUACUCAGAUGGGACUUUCUUUGAACAUUGAUAUGGCUUCAGCUGCAUUUAUUGAGCCUCUCCCUGUCCUUGAGUUUGUAGCUCAGCUUCUAGGCAAAGAUGUUUUAUCGCGGCCAUUGUCUGAUUCCGAUAGAGUAAAGAUAAAAAAGGCUCUUAGAGGUGUGAAAGUUGAAGUAACUCACCGGGGUAAUGUAAGGCGGAAGUAUCGAGUUUCGGGUCUGACAUCACAACCUACAAGAGAACUAGUAUUUCCUGUUGAUGACAACUCAACCAUGAAGUCAGUUGUUGAAUACUUCCAGGAGAUGUAUGGUUUCACAAUUCAACAUGCACAUCUUCCUUGCCUUCAAGUAGGAAAUCAGAAGAAGGCAAAUUAUUUACCAAUGGAGGCCUGCAAAAUUGUAGAGGGGCAAAGAUAUACGAAAAGAUUGAAUGAGAAGCAAAUAACUGCACUUUUAAAAGUCACGUGUCAAAGACCUAGGGAUCGAGAAAAUGACAUUUUGCAGACUGUUCAACAUAAUGCCUAUGACAAUGAUCCUUAUGCAAAGGAGUUUGGGAUUAAAAUCAGUGAGAAGCUGGCUUCUGUUGAAGCUAGAAUUCUUCCUCCUCCAUGGCUGAAAUAUCAUGAUACUGGCAAAGAGAAGGAUUGCUUGCCUCAAGUGGGUCAGUGGAAUAUGAUGAACAAGAAAAUGAUUAAUGGAAUGACUGUUAGCCGGUGGGCAUGUAUCAACUUCUCUCGGAGUGUGCAAGAGAGCGUCGCUCGUGGGUUUUGUUCCGAACUUGCUCAAAUGUGUCAAGUGUCUGGAAUGGAAUUUAAUCCAGAACCGGUUAUUCCAAUAUACAAUUCAAGGCCAGAACAGGUAGAGAAAGCUCUGAAGCAUGUUUAUCAUGCUUCCACGAACAAAACAAAAGGAAAAGAGUUAGAGCUACUGUUAGCUAUUUUACCAGACAACAACGGAUCUCUUUACGGUGAUCUUAAACGAAUAUGUGAAACCGAUCUCGGUCUAAUAUCACAAUGCUGUCUUACAAAACACGUGUUCAAGAUUAGCAAGCAGUACCUUGCUAAUGUGUCCCUGAAGAUCAAUGUCAAGAUGGGUGGUAGAAACACUGUCCUUCUAGAUGCUAUCAGCUGCAGGAUACCGCUCGUGAGUGACAUACCAACGAUUAUAUUUGGAGCAGAUGUGACCCAUCCCGAGAAUGGCGAAGAUUCCAGCCCUUCAAUAGCUGCUGUCGUAGCCUCUCAGGAUUGGCCUGAAGUGACAAAAUAUGCUGGACUAGUAUGUGCUCAGGCUCAUAGACAGGAACUUAUACAAGACUUGUAUAAAACUUGGCAGGAUCCUGUUCGUGGCACGGUUAGUGGUGGCAUGAUCAGGGAUCUUCUGGUUUCUUUUAGGAAGGCAACAGGGCAGAAGCCAUUAAGAAUAAUAUUUUACAGGGAUGGCGUGAGCGAAGGACAGUUUUAUCAAGUAUUACUUUAUGAGUUGGAUGCAAUCAGGAAGGCGUGCGCUUCUCUUGAACCGAAUUACCAACCUCCUGUAACGUUUAUCGUCGUACAAAAACGACACCACACCCGAUUGUUCGCCAACAACUAUAGAGACAGGAGUAGCACAGACAAGAGUGGGAACAUUUUGCCUGGCACCGUAGUCGACUCGAAAAUAUGCCAUCCAACUGAAUUUGACUUUUACCUCUGUAGCCAUGCUGGAAUUCAGGGUACAAGUCGGCCAGCACAUUACCAUGUUCUUUGGGAUGAAAACAAUUUCACUGCAGACGGAAUUCAGUCGUUAACAAACAACCUUUGCUACACAUAUGCAAGGUGUACGCGUUCGGUUUCUGUCGUCCCUCCAGCAUAUUAUGCACAUUUAGCAGCAUUCCGAGCUCGAUUCUACAUGGAACCAGAGAUGCAAGAGAAUGGGUCAGCUGGUCGUUCUGCCAAGAGCACACGAGCUACAGGGGAGACUGGGGUUCGUCCUUUGCCAGCUCUAAAGGAAAACGUGAAGAGAGUAAUGUUUUACUGUUAGAAAUCAGAAGCAGCAAGCACAGGAGAGAAGCUUGCGGUGGUCGGAGCGAUGACCGGAGAGAUUCAGCCAUCAGAAACUCAACUUGUAAAUGACGAAUCAUCAUCAAUGUGGUUUGAGGUUUUAGUUUGGAAUAGAUGUAGAGAUGGGUUAGUUAGAUCCGUUGGUGAAGAGUUUUUACAUGCUUUAAUGCUGCACUUAGUGUCAAAAUCAAGUAGCACAGCCCACCAUAGAUAACAGGUUCUCUCUUCUCACCCACAUUUGUAAAGAACUGUUUUCCCAUAAUGAAUCAGUAUAGAUGUGUUAGAAAUUCCAUC